AUGGGAGGGACUAGUCUCUUGUCACAAUCUAUCUUCUUCUUUGUGUUGCAUUUGUUUGCAUGGCCAGGGUUUCUACUGGCUAAUGAAACAACACACCAGUGCCUAAACACUCAUAUUAAGAACAUAGGUGUUGUUCUUGAUUUGGAUUCACUAAUGGGUAAGCAACAGAAAGUAGCCAUGGAAAUUGCAGUCCAAGAGUUCAAUAGCUUCAGUUGUUCAAAGCUGGAAUUGAAUAUUCAAAAUUCCAAGGGGAUUUCGGCUAGAGCAAUAUCCACUGCUUUGAAUCUCACACAGAGCAAGCAAGUGCUUGCCCUCAUUGGAACAAUAACACACAAUGAAGCAAUAAUUGCAAGUGAGUUAAAUGACACUAUAAAGAAUAUUCCUAUACUGUCUCUAACUUCCCCCAUAUCCAACAUGGAGAUGUUGUCUCCACAAUUGCCAAACUUCAUCCAAUUUGGCAAUGAUAUCAAGAUUCAUAUGCAAUGCAUUUCAGCCAUUGUAGGAGAAUUCAGAUGGAGAAAGGUGACAACAAUCUAUGAACUCAAUAACAUGUUUUCCUUUGAUCCAGAAAUGGUACUUGACCUCUCCUAUUCUCUUAGACUUGUUGGCUCUCAGAUUGAUGAUCAUUUACCGUUCCCUUCAUUGCCCUACCUCUCAGACCCAAAAUCUACCAUUGAAAAUGGGCUUAAAAAGCUUAAAAGAAAAAGUAACAGGGUCUUCUUGAUUCUGCAAUCUUCUUUGGAGAUGGCUAACAUACUAUUUGAGAAAGCAAAACAAAUGGGUUUGAUGGAAAAAGAUUCUGUUUGGGUUAUCCCAGAUGGGGUUGCUAGCCUUCUUGAUUCGGUUAACUCAACUGUUAUCAUUAACAUGCAAGGAGUUAUUGGAUUUAAGACACAUUUCAUUGAAACAAGUGAAAAAUUUAGGAGAUUCAAGUUUAAAUUUCGAAGAAGGUUCGCGUUGGAGUUCGCUGAAGAAGAUAAUAUUAGCCCGAGUUUCUUUGCACUACAAUCGUAUGAUGCAACUUGGGUUGUUGCUCAAGCUACAAGGAAAUCACAGUGGAAGUUUAACCUUGAACAAUUAUCUAAAACUAAUCUCUCCAACAAUAGAAAAUUACAACAAUCACCAAUCUUCAGCAUAAUUAAUGUGAUAGGUAAAAGCUACAGAGAGUUGGGAUUAUGGUCUCCAGAACUAGGUUUGACAAAAAGCCUUGUUACAGAACAACUACCAGAGAUAAUGAAGACACAUGGUGCUUCAACUAAAGUUUUGAGUACAAUUUAUUGGCCAGGUGGCUUGCAGUUUGUUCCUAAGGGAUGGACUCACAACACUGAGGAGAAGAUAUUGCAAAUAGCAGUGCCUGCAAAUGGUGCCUUUCAUCAAUUUGUAAAUGUGACAUAUGAUCAAAACACAAAUAACACUUAUAUUACCGGUUUCUCAAUUGAUGUCUUCAAAGCAGCCAUUAAUACUUUGCCUUAUGACUUGAAUUACACAUUUGUUCCCUUCAAUGGUUCUUAUGAUGAAAUGGUAGAGAAAGUCUACAAUAAGACAUUGGAUGCUGCUGUCGGAGAUACAUCAAUAAUGGCAUACAGAUAUCAUUUAGUGGACUUCUCACAACCAUAUCUUGAAUCUGGCCUGAACAUGGUGGUUCCAGAGCAAUCAAAAAAAUCAAAGGAAGCAUGGAUGUUUUUUGAUGCCUUCACGAAAGAGAUGUGGUUGAUGAUGACAACACUGCACAUUUUUGUUGGAUUGGUCAUUUGGUUGAUUGAGAGGCAAGUUAAUGCAGAACUAAAAGGAUUGGGGUCCAUGCUUUGGUUUUUAGUCACUGUAAUAUUCUAUGCACAUAGAGAACCAAUUAGAAGCCCUUUGGCUCGAACUGUAAUGGCACCAUGGUUAUUCGUUAUCCUCAUUGCAACCAGUACUUUCACAGCAAGUUUGACUUCAAUGAUGACUUUUUCACAGCUAGUGCCAUCUGUUUUAGAUAUCCAAACCCUUCAGAAAAGAAAUUCCCCGGUUGGUUGUAAUGGAAAUUCAUUCAUUGUGAAGUAUUUGACUGAGGUACUAAAUUUCAAGCCAGAGAACAUCAGAAAAAUUUACUCUGUAAGUGAUUACCCUAAGGCCUUUCAAAAUAAGUAUAUUGAAGCAGCUUUCCUUAGUACGCCUCAUACAAAGGUAUUUCUGGCAAAGUACUCAUGCAAGGGUCUCAUCAAAGCAGGCAACACUUUCAAGCUUGGUGGCAUAGGUUUUGUAUUUCCAAAGGGUUCCAAUCUGGCUGCCGACAUAUCUGAGGCAUUGCUGAAAGUGAUAGAGAGUGGAGAGAUAGAAGAACUAGAAAAAGAGAUGUUAGGAGGCAAUUCAACUUGCUCUCCUUUACAGAACAAAAUGAAAGAUGGGUCAUCAACAGGAUUUGAACCUUUCCUUGGCCUAUUUUGCAUAUGUGCUGUUGUUUCUAUUUUAGCAUUGUUAUAUAAUAUGAUUUGUGUGUUCAUGAAUGAUGUAGAGACAUUCACUAACUAUAUACAUGUAACAUUGACACCAUUGAGGAGAAUCUAUAUAUGGACAAGUGCAUCUUUUACAUGGAUUUGUUCAACACUACAAUGGGGGAGUAUUAGAAGUGUAAUUACUACCACAAUAACAAGAAAUGCAGAGGAGACUACCAUUAAUAGUCAACAAAGUACGAUGACUGUUGAGGUCACUGAUGUUGUAUUGGCUUCUCAUUCUUCCUAA